AUCCGCGUUUCUCUCUCUCUCUCUCUCUCUCUAUAUAUAUGCGGAACUUUCCUGCUUAAACCGCCGAAAGUCCUCAAAAUCCCACCUUUAAAACGUCCUCAGCUUUUCUUCCUCUCAAUUUCUACAUCAUCAUUCAAACUUCAAACGGAAGGAAGAAAAAAAGAGAUGGCUUUCCAAGAAAAUGAAGAAACCGAUCAGUUCGAUCGCUUGCCCGACGCCAUUCUCCGCGUCAUCUUCAACAAACUGCGGGACGCCCGUUCCCUCACCCGAUCCAUGUCCGUCUGCAAGCGCUUCGCCGAAAUAAUCCCCGAGAACGACACCGUCUCCCUCACGAUCCCUCGCAGAAUCGCCCUCAAACGACAACCACAGCCGUGCAACGACUUGGUCGCCACGAAGUCGAGCUGCUCCGGCUCUCGCCGCGAAUCAGGAGGAUCUCCGACUGAUUCGAAAAGUGUUUUCAAGAGUUUGAUUCAUAGAAUCGUGACGACGCCGAUCCGAUUCAUUCUUCGUGGUAUUUUCUCUUCGAAAUCCUCUCGAUUUGGUAAUGAUGAUGGGGCCGAUUGUCCAUUCUACUCGCCUAAUGAGGUUUUGAAGAAUUUUAAAGAAAUCCAGUCGCUGCGAAUUGAGAUUCCGACAGGCGAGAUCGGAUCGGGCGGCCGAGAUUCGUUGCUGAGGUGGAGAGCGGAGUUCGGGAGCGAGCUCCAGAGCUGCGUGAUUUUCGGAGCCAAAUCUCUCCGCAGGACGUCUCGAAACCCUAACGACGGCAAAGGAAUCGACGAGCAAGGACAGCUACAACGAAAUCGAUCGGAAGAUGAGGUUUUGAUCGGUGACGACGAGCUGAAGUUGAGGAUCGUGUGGGCGAUAUCGUGCUUGAUUUCCGCGUCGGCGAGGCAUUACUUGUUGCAGCGAGUGGUUUCGGAGCAUUUGAUGGUGAGGAGAGUGGUGAUCGGGGACGGGAGCAAGCAGGGGAUGGUGAGGAUGGAGAGAGAGCAGAUUGAGGAGUUGAGGAAGAAUGUGGAUUUGGAGGCGGAGGCGGAGAGGAGGCCGGUGCCGGCUUUGAAUAUGAAGCUGUGGUAUGUGAAGGAGUUGGAGGUGAGGGAGGGGUGGGUGGUGGAGGGGGCGACGGUGCUCGUGAUUAGGCCGGCGGAGGAGGGGGAGAAGAAGAAGGCGAAGGAGGAGAGAGAUUGUGAUUUGGUGUCUAGGGUUUGGAAUGGUGGUGGUGAGGAGGAGGAGGAGGCGGAGGAGAGGGUGGUUGGUGAGGCUGUGAGGGAAAUGAUGAAGAAGAAGAGGGCUUGUACUCUGGAAAUGAACUCAUUUUGAGUUGUUCUGAGUUUGUUGAAUGUAAAUUGGUUUUUGAUUUUGACAUUUUGGUUGUUUGUUUCACACAUUGUAAAUUCUAAAUGAGACCAAUUAAGUAAACAAAAUACUACUCCAUAGCUUUUCAAUA